AUGUAUUCACCCCGGAAUAGCUAUGGCUCGCCACCAGCGGAACUUUCCAAUAAUCCUUUCAUCGACCAUCCCGCUAACGCACUUGCUCGCUACCCGGAUAUUGACGGCACAGACAGCCCGGCAGGCACCCAAUAUACUUCAUGGCUGCAGCAGCCCUCAGGUUCUAUAGCAGGUCCUAAUCCCUCCGGUUAUCCUGAACAAGGAGCUUCACCAGGAUACGGUGGCAGAUACCACCAACCGCAGGUGCAGCCACAGGAGACAUCGUGGAAUGGGAACGGGGGGUAUAUGCAAUCUCAGCAGGGCUACAGCGGGUCACCUGUGCAGAAUCCACAGAUGACCGGACGACAGGGUUUCCAGCCCUCUAGCUCGUUUGGACAGCAGCUCGCCUCACAGGUGAACAAUGCUUACGGAGUUCCGCCACAACCCCAACCACAGCAGGCACAGUAUACAGGCUAUCCGAUGUCCACAUCCUCGCAGUACAGCCAGGGAUACCAGCCUGGAUACACACCCCAACAACAACAGCAAAAUCCACAAUAUCUUACAGAAUUUGAUCCUUAUGCGCAGUCCGCUGGUGCCCCUGGAUCCGGUGGCUCCCAAUAUAGACCACCUCACCCGCGGGAAUACGUGCAGCAGCAUAAAGUAGAACUCGAAAGCUGGGAUGGUUAUGCCUGGAAACAGGUACAGAAUUCUUUUGAUGCAUUGAAGGAAGCUUGGGCUGCGCGUAAGCGUGAUAUUGAGGCGAGAGUACGGUCAUAUGGAGGUGUUGGCCUAUUUGGAGGCGGAGGCUACGGUACAAUGUAUGGUGGACAAGCGCAAGAAGUAGCGCGGCUGGAGAACCUUGUCCGGGAGGCUGAGUUAAAUUUUGAUUCGGUCGCGGCCUCCACAUUCCAGAUGCAUGAAGUCUACACCGGCUAUCGACAGUCUGGCGAUCUCGCCUCGAAGAAACGUGAAGGCCUCAAGGCGCAUGAGGGCGGCGGGCAGCAAUACACCAAUCCGUUUGAUAUAUUCCAGAACUUUUUUGGUGGAGGCUUCCAUGGGCAGCAGCAAGUUCGUCGCGGACCUAAUUCAAUAUCUGAAAUAGAAAUUAGCCUGACAGAUAUAUAUACCGGGGCCAAUAUAGACUUGGGGAUCACGAAGCGCAUAUUAUGUGACCACUGUCGAGGCAGUGGCGCUGCGUCAUCUGCCGAUAUUCAUACAUGCCCCGCUUGCAAUGGCGCCGGCGUGCAGAUUGUACGACAACAGAUCAUGCCUGGGAUGUUUUCGCAAGCCCAGGUAACGUGCGGCCAGUGUGGCGGCCGAGGCAGCACCAUCGUGCGUAGGUGCCCGCACUGUGGCGGCGCAAAGGUCCUCGAUCAUACGCAGCACUACACCCUAGAGGUGCCCAAGGGAGCGCCGGAGGGCUACGAAGUCGUGUUCGAUGGCGAGGGGGACGAGAGUCCGGAUUGGGAGCCAGGAGACAUCAUAACGCGGCUGCGGACUAGGAAGGACAAGGGUGGUUGGAGACGUAAAGAAAGCAGCUUGUAUUGGAGGGAGACGAUUGGAAUCGAGGAAGCUCUGUUGGGCUUUGAGCGCAAUUUGACACAUCUCGAUGGACACAUCGUCGAGUUGAAGCGACAUGGGGUUACUCAACCAGGAUUUGUGCAAACUAUCAAGAGUGAAGGGAUGCCCGUCUUCGAGCAUGAUGAUGCCUAUGGCGAGCUGUACAUCGAGUACAACGUUGUGUUACCUAGAGAGGUAUCUCCAGACAUGCGGCGACGAUUGCUACAGGCUUUCCACGCCGAGGGCGACCGUUCUAAGGAUGAGCUAUAG